CCCUCGCUCCCUCCCUCGCUGACUGGCUGCCUUCCCGGGCGCCUCCCUCCCUCCCUCUCCCUCUACUUCUCCGGAGCCGAGGCGGGAAAAACAGAGCGAGACGCCCGCCCGCCCGGCCCCUACGAUGAGCCCUCCGCCACCUCCGCCUCCAGUGAGAGCGCACCGGGAAGAAGCAGGAGGGCGAGGCUGAGGCUGAGGCUGAGGCGGCGAUGGGGGAGCCCAAGGCGGCGCCGGCGGAGGAGGAGGGGGCAGAGCGUGGGCCCGGAGGGGAGAGGGGCUCGUUGGCUUCCCAGCCGCGCCGCCGUCGAGCCGUGCGCGCCCUGAGCAGGCUGGCCCGGCGCCUCCUGCAAACUUUGCGCGGGGCGCGGCGGCAGCAGCAGCAGCAGCAGAAGAGGCGGCGGAGGCAGGAGACCCGCCAGGCGGAGGAGGAGGACGACGAGGGCGGCUUUACCCGCCCGCUGCCGGGGCCCGAGCGCGGACAGGCCGGAGCGGGAGGCGGAGGGGGCGCCGGGGGGUUGCGUCCGCCCGUGGGCGCCCUCAGCCCGCCCUCGGCGCCUGCACACAGCCCCGCCGAGCCCCGCCCGCUCACGCCCGGCGCCCAGGGGCUCAAGAACCACGGCAACACCUGCUUCCUCAACGCCGUGGUCCAGUGCCUGAGCCACACCGAGCUCCUGGCCGCCUUCCUCCUCCUGGCGCUCCCCGCGCGGCCCCGCGAGGCCUCCCCGCCCCCUUCGGCCUCCCCGCCCCCCCUCCCCGCCGCAGGCGCCUCCGGGGAGGUCACCCGGCACCUCGCCGCCCUCGUCCGCGCCCUCUGGACCCUCCAGUACACGCCCCAGCUCUCCGCAGACUUCAAGAAUGUCGUCUCCAAGUAUGGUGCACAGUUCCGUGGAAAUUCGCAACAUGAUGCCCUGGAGUUCCUUCUGUGGCUGCUGGAUCGCAUGCAUGAAGACCUGUGUUCUGUGUCCCUUAAUCAAAAGGUGAAGGUGUCUGGAAAGCCUCUGCUUGGACAGGAAGAGAGUUCCAGUGGUGGAGGUGCCCAAGCAGCUGCCCAGCCUUCCAAGGGCCAGAGCUUUGUGCAGAACCAUUUCCAGGCACAGUACAGGUCCUCACUGACUUGCCCUCACUGCCUAAAGCAGAGCAACACCUUUGAUCCCUUCCUGUGCAUCUCCUUGCCCAUCCCAUUACGGCAGACCAGGCCUCUUAAUGUCACUCUCGUCUUCCAGUCCAAGAGCCAACGAUUUGUGCGUGUGGGCUUGACUGUACCUCUGUUCAGCACUGUGGCAAAGUUGAGAGAAAUGGUAGCAGAGGAAGGCAAGCUUUCACCUGACCAGGUAAUCUUGGCUGAGUUAGGCCCAUCGGGAUUCCAGUGCUCCUUCUCUGAUGAUGAGGAUCUGAAUACCAUUGCAGAUGGUGACAGCAUAUAUGCUUUCCAAGCUCCACUCUCCUUUAGCAAGGCCAGCUCUUCCCGCCUCUCAGGUAUGUCAGGUUGUCCCCAGAGCCUUCCGUCUUCUCCCAAUGUUUCUGACCCAGAAGGCCAGCGUUUAGUUCAUAAUGGGGCCAUUUCUUCAGAUUACCUGCACCAUGGUGUAGGUGGCAGAAUCCUGCUCCUUGUAUGUAAUGUUGCUGGUACAGGGCAACAGGCAGUGAGGUUUGGCCCUCCACUACUGAUGCGAGAGGACAGAGCUAUGUCAUGGGAUCAACUACAGCAAUGCAUCCUGGGCAAAAUGCGCUAUCUGAUGAGAAGGGAAGCCCAAGUACAGGCUACUGGGAAUCUAUUCCAGGUUCGAGUACUUGGAGGCUCUACUCUCUGCAGCUACCUCUCUCCUCAGGACAGCUGGCCACUCUACCAUCCAGCCGUGGACAGAGUGCUACAGUUUAGUGGUCCUGGUGGUCCUGCUCAUGUGAAGCUAGUAAUUGAGUGGGAUGUGAGCACCAAAGAAAGCUUGUUUGGCAACAUCCAAGAAGAAGUGGUUGAGGAUGCAGAAAGUGUGAGGAUGAAGCAACAGCUCCAUCUGCAGCAACACAGUUGCACCCUGGACGAAUGCUUCCAGCUCUACACCAAGGAGGAACAGCUGGCCCCUGAUGAUGCCUGGCGCUGUCCCCACUGCCAGGUCCUUCAGCAGGGCAUGGUCAAGCUCAGCCUGUGGACCCUACCUGACAUCCUCAUCAUCCACCUCAAGCGCUUCCGACAGGUGGGAGAGCAGCGCCACAAACUCUCCACUCUGGUGCGCUUCCCCCUGUAUGGACUUGAUAUGGCUCCUCAUGUGGCCAAGCGCAGUCGUGGCAGCAAAUGGGGGCCCUGGAAACAGCCCACACCAGAAAGCAAUCAGUGCAACUUCCUCUAUGAUCUGUAUGCUGUCUGCAACCAUCAUGGAAGCAUGCAGGGUGGGCACUAUACAGCAUACUGCCGCAAUGCCUUGGAUGGUCACUGGUACAGCUAUGAUGACAGCACCGUGGAAGCAGUCUUGGAAGAUGAAGUCAGCACACGGGGAGCUUACAUCCUCUUCUAUCAAAGACGCAGCGUGGUUCCAAGCUGGUCUGGAGGAAGUUCUGUCAGAGGUUCCACCAGCUCCUCCAUUUCUGAACACUGGCUGACACGACUUGGUGGAAGCAACGUGCGGGAGAGCCUGGUGUCCCGUAGCUCUGUCACCUGCCCAUCUCUGCCAGAAAUGCCAGACUCACCCACCCUAACCAAUGCCAGCAACAACCAGGAGAAAGGUGGCUUUGAGUCACGUCCUUUGGUGCGGGGUGUACAGAGCAGAAGUGUCAGCUUGAAAGCUUCCCCCAGUAAAGCCAAGCUGACAGUUCCUAAGCCCAUGCCUUUGCACUGGUCCUUCACCUCCAAAGAAUGGCCAACAGAGCCUUCUGGGGAGCUUGUAGAGUACCUGGAAUCUGGCCGCAGGCCUCGGUUUACAAAUGAGCCCAUUGUCCCUCUUAUGACAAAGGAAGGGGAGGACACCAAAGCCAAACAAAAUCAUGUGCUGACAGGCCCAGGGAUAACUGAGAACCCUGGGAAACCAUGCAUGAUGGUGGAAAAUCCAAGUACCCUGAAAAGGUCUGGAAAACCAAAGGAGGAUGCAGGCGAGCAGCCACGGACACCCAAGAAACUAGUGCUUUCUCUCAGUACUGUACCUCCAAUAAAAGACGAAGAGCUCAAGAGCAAAGCUAACAAAAAUGGGACUUUGCGCACUGGGAUAACCCUCCCUCCCUCUGGCUGUCAAUCCACAGGCAAGCUGCUCUCAGACCCAAAGACUGGUGAGAAGGAGCCAGAGGGCAAGAAGCAGCCGGAGGGAAAACUUGCUGUUUUCAGAACUGGCUUUCUGCGGAGGGACCCCAAGCGUCAUAGUGAAUCUGACAGGCAUGGACUCAUGACACCAGCCAUGACCUCCUCCCGGUCAUCCCUCUCCAAUGGGACUUUGACUUCGAUCACUGGCAUCAGGGCAAAUAGUACUCUGGGUCGCAGGUCUGCAGAAGGGUUGCCCAGUGGACGUAUCUGCCAUUCUGAGCUGGACAUCAAGCGUGCUCAGAGCUCCUGCAGUAGCAAGGGAAGGAAUGAGUGUUGGCUGAACAGGUCGGCCACCCUUUACAAGGCAAACAACAGCAUCUCCUUGCAGGGUUGCACACCACCACUAACUCUGGAGGGAGUUUCAUGCAGCACUUUCCAACGAGCCAGAUAUCACACAGCCUCCCUGGGCAGGCGAAUCCCUGUACCAGAAUCCAGCUUCUGAACUAGUCUAAGGUUUCACCCAAACAGUGGCAACCCUUGUAAGGUCUUGGGUACUUCAGAUAAAAUCUGUUGAUUGCUGGAAAACUUGGCAGGUGCUUGCUUCCUAGGGGGAUUUCUCUCAGCCAGGCUUCAUCCAUCUUAAAGGUGCUCAGUGACACCAUUGCCUUGUCUGGGAAUGAAGAUGCAACAGAGAUUUGUGGACUAUGAGUUCAGAAUUAGUGAAAGAAAAAAUGUCAGGAGUAUGGUAGAAUUAAAGUAUUUAUUCUGUACAGUGAGGUAGCUUAACCGAUACUAAUGAAAGGAUGUGUUGUUUUGUGACAGCAGUUAUUUUGGUACCAAGUUGUGGAGAGGAGAAUAAGGGGGCAGAAUCUUGUUGCUCUAUGCAAUAAUCCCAACUUUUCUAUUUUCUGCAGACAUUUGGGUUUUACAGAUAUAUUUGUUAUUAAAAUUGUCUCAAAUGA